CCUUGGCAGAGGGCAUCAGACUGCGUCAAGAUGGCGCCCAGCCUGUUCGAAGCCAGCCGCCGGCGGAAGUUCCUCCUGGGGACCGCCAUCGCCGAGAAUCUGCUCUUCUCCUUCAUCCUGUUCGGCUGGGGCUCCCUGGUGUUGAUGCUGAAGGCACAGGGGCUGUACAGCAAGCUCUGCACGGGGCCAGAUGGGAACACCACCGUGGUUACCGCUGCGCCUGCCCUGUUCGAGCAGAAAGAGGACAAGCAACAGGUCCUCAUUGAUGAGUUGUCCGGGUGUGCGGCCCAGGACAGACGGUUGAACCUGGCCUUUACCGUGGGGUCCUUCCUGUUGAGCGGGAUGACCUUCCCCAUCGGCAUGGCCAUGGACAAGUUCGGCUGCAGGUCUCUGCGCAUGAUCGGCAGCUUGCUUGUCGCAGUGUCAUGCCUCCUCUUCGCCUGGGCGGACAGAGAUAUAUCCGACCUGCUGUUUUUGGCUGUUAUCUUUAGCGGAAUGGGCGGCACCAUCAUGGCUUAUACGUCUCUGCAGGCGAUCUUUGACCUUGGUGUUUCCUUCCGGGUCAUGAUGAUGGUGAUGGCUGCUGGCAGCCUCUUGGCGUUUGUCAACUGCGUCGUCAACUACCCGUCUGAGCCCGUGCCCGGUCCGGAGACCAUGGACUUCACCAUUCACACCGGCCAGCUCUUCGGGCGGCAGAACAAAAUCAGCGGGAAGAAUUUCUACUCCAUGGUUACUACUGUUGGACGGAGGCUGAGCGUGGGACACAGCCUGAAAGAGAGUGAAACAUACACAUCAAAGCUUGCAUUGGACUAUGGUGGGAACGUGGAGGUGGCCAAUGGAGGUGGCGCCCUUGCGUUCCGGCGUUCCGUGUGUACCUUCGCGUUCCUGGGGGCCGCCAUGGUGAUGUGCAUCACCCAUCUCCGCCUCAUGGUGUUCAUCGGAACUCUGUCAGAACUACUGCAGGGACUCACACAGGACGCCAAAAUAAUUGACGUCUACACCUACAUCUUCGGGCUGGUGCAAAUCUGCUGUUUCAUAUCGGCGCCUGUGAUUGGUGCUCUGAUGGACUGGAGAACGCGACCACCGGAAAACAACCAAUCAGACGACGACGUCUUUGCGGAUGAUCGGUCCAUUGCCUCUGCGGAAACCGUGCGCACCAACAGUACCACCACCAGUUCCACGGGCUCCACCGGCUCCACCUCGUCCCGGCCGUCCGUCCGGUCCAGCAUCUCCCUGACGGAGGAGGAGAAGGCGCGCAUCAUGGUGCAGAAGGUGUGGAACGCUGCCAUGGCCUUCUUCAUCACCAACCUGCUGACUCUGCUGUUCGGCGUGCUCGUGCUCAUACCUAACCUCGUGGUGCAGGUCGCCACGUUUGUGUUGCACACCGUCAUUAGAGCCUUCAUGCACACAGCUACAGCGGGACUUUUUGCAAUCAUGUUUCAAGUCUCCCUGUUCGGCAGUCUGAUCGGGCUGCAGGCGUUUCUCCAUGCUGCUUUCGCCACGUUACAGUACCCGAUCUUCAUCGCUGUCAACGGGCCUCUCGCGGAGGACCCUUUCUGGAUCAACGUCGGUCUCCUCGUUGCGUCGCUGCUAAACUUCGCCCUUCCGAUCUACCUGCUGAGAAAAAGUAAAGAAAUGGAGAAGGACCUGAGAUGGGAAGACGACAUAAAGACCCUUCCCCCAAUCCCUACAGAGAUAUCCAUCCCCAUGGGUGGAGAGAACGCAACCGCGGCAUAUGUAUAACAGUAUGCUAGCAAAUAUGUUAGAAAUGGUCACAUGUGUUUCCUCUAGCCUC